UCGGAAGCCCCAAAUUUGAAAUCGGAAAUCGUCAGCCCUCUUCCUUUCCUCCUUCGCACUCCCCCCUCCCGAUUUGACGACGAAGGGCUUCUCGACUCCCGCCAUGAUCAAUGGCUGUUGACCUUGGGAGCAGCUCCGCGAUCGAGGACCCCUUCGCAGACUUCUCCCUUCUUUCCCUCCUCCCACGAACUCUAGGAGGCGCGCUCCGUGCUGACCCGCCUCCCUUGGACGCGCACGAGACGGAGGUCAUCAAAGCUCUUCUUGAUUCCGUGGUUGGCUCCAAGGAGGUCCUGGAGCAGGCGCAUGCUAUCAACAAUAGUUGUCAAAACGUUGUAAAUUCAUCCCAAGACGGAAACAAGACGAUUCCUGCAGAUGUUAAGAAUCGGCUUGUUUCGCGAAGGCCCGCGUUGGGCCGUAAACGUGCUCAAUUUUCCUUGAAGCCCAUAUCAAGCAACCCUGUUCCAGAUGUUGACUUUAAUUCUCAAAUUGAUCAUUUAGAUGAUCCGGAGGAGUUCUUCUUUGCCUUUGAGCAACUUGAGAAUGCGGGCAAAGAGCUAAAGAAACUAAGGGGUGAGGCUGUUACUGAACCUGCAAAGAAUCAGCAGGUCACUGGUCGCAAACGUCGUCUUGGAAUUCUAGGGAAGACGGUUAGUUAUAAGCAUCACUUCUCUGCUACAGUUGAUACUGCUGAAGCAUUUAGUGUAUCACAGGAAGUUCUUGAUCAGAGAAAUGCCACUCCAUACAAGGCUUCAAUUAAAAUCAAGCCGACUGCAAAUCUGCAUCCUACUUCAUUUGAUCAACCUUGCAAUUUACAUUCCACGGACACAAAUAACAUACACCUUUUAGCUAAUGAACGAGAAGAUUCUGUAGCUGAUGAGAACAAUGCAAACAAUAUUCUGGAAAAGCUGUUGUUUUCAUUCAGAGAUUUGGAUGAAGGUGAAGGGACAGCUUUUCUGAGGGAGAGCUUGCAGAUUAAGUCAAUUGAGAUAGGAAAAAUACAUCUUCCUGAGUUGCAUUCCAUCCAGAGAAACGAUUUUAGGACAUUGGAAAAUAGAGUAGCAAAAGAGAAAUCAGAAGCUCACCAACUUCUGCCAACUUCAGCAACCCUAUCAAGAAGUCCGCUUGCAGAUACUUCAUACUUGCAAAGGCAUAUGUCACUUAUUGAUCAACAAGGAAAUCCAUACAUGAUCCCUCCGAGUGCUGAUGCACCAUAUUCAACUUCACAAACUCCAGCACGAAGUCCACUUGCAGCGAUUACAAAUUUUCAAUGGCGUAUUUCAGUUGAUGAACCACUAGAAGAUCCAUACAUGAUUCCUCCAAGUGAUGAUGCACCGUAUUCCGGUGACUCUUGUCCAACUAGCUGCUGGCAGAAAAAGUCUCUUUCACCUCCUGCUAAUAUCAGUUAUCCAAAUCGGAAUGGUUUGCUUGUUAGAGAUGCUUUAGAUUCUGUGAGGUCGGAUGAUGGAAUAUUGAAUUUGGUUGAUAAAUUGCAGAUUUCAGAUGCCAAAGCAGAUAAAACCAUUGAUGAUAAGAUUGCAACAGAGGAAGAUGUAAUAGAACAUGUGCAUUGUUCACCUGAAAGUACAAUAGAACAUAGGGACCAUUUAAUGACUGAUGACCUGAUCAAUUUUGAUGGGUUCAAUGAGCAAAUGGAGGAAGGCAAUCGUGUCCAACUUGAUCCAUUGUAUGAACGUCCUGAUCAUGAUGUUGAGGAUCCAGCUUCUGUUUGCUCCAAUCAAUGUGGUAGAGAUGGACCAGAUAGCAAACGUGAAAGUACAGUUGACGAUCAUAUUAUAUCUGAAAGUGAUACCAUUGUUGAUAAAUGUGAUGCUGAUGACAAUUUGCAAAAUCAGGUAAAUGUUGGAGCACCAGAUGUACUGGUGGUUGAUGCGGAGGCACCCAGAGUGCUUCCCCACUCUACAGCUUAUCCUGACGUUGAUGAUCCGACUUCUGGUUGUUCCAAUCAAUGUAGUAGAGAUGGACCAGAUAGCAAACAUGAAAGUACAGCUGAAGGUCAUAUUAUAUCUGAAAGUGAUACAAUUGUCGAUAAAUGUGAUGCCGAUGACAAUUUGCAAAAUCAGGUAAAUGUUGGAGCACCAGAUGUACUGGUGGUUGAUGCAGAGGCACCCAGAGUGCUUGCCAACUCUACAGCUUAUCCUGACGUUGAUGAUCCGACAUUUGGUUGGUCCAAUCAGAUUAGUAGAUAUGGAUCAGAUAACAAACUUGAAAGUACAACUGAAUGUCUUAUUGUAUCUGAAAAUGAUACCAUUGUUGAUAAAUGUGGUGCUGAUGACAAUUUGCAAAAUCAGGUAAGGGUAGGAGCUCCAGAUGUAAUGGUGGUUGAUGCAGAGGCAUCAAGAGUCCUUCCUGUGAAUGAGCAAUCUAAAGAUGUACACACAUUAGCAGGAGGGAAUAUGGAGGCACAAAGUUGUCAUACAACUUCUGGAUUAUCCCAAAACAUUGAAAAGAAACAAAAAGCUUUGCCAAGCAGAAAAGACAAGCAAAAAUUGGUUUCAAGAAGGCAAAGCCUUGCAGAUGCUGGUAUGAUAUGGAAUUCUGGUGUAAGGAGAAGCACAAGAAUUAAGUCAAGACCUUUAGAGUAUUGGCGUGGGGAGAGAUUUUUAUAUGGACGCAUUCAUGAUAGCCUGGCAACAGUUAUUGGGGUGAAGCGCUCAUCCCCAGGUAACAAUGGUAAGCUGAAGGUGACAUCAUUCGUGUCCGAGGAAUAUGCGGAUCUUGUUGCCCAAGCAGCGCAACUUUGAUAUCCCGGACCUCUUCAUUCAUUCAUGUCUACCGUUGCUUGCUUCACUUUGUGCCCAUCGUCUGUGAUGUUACCAUCCAUCCAAUUCUACACUUGGAUGUUAUAUGAUGCUUGUUCAACUGGUGGCAGGAAGCCUGUGUCAUACUAGUAGUAGCCUCGGGUUUGAACUUUGGCUUACAAAAGGGUCGCCCGACUGCUUUGUUUGUCUUUGUAAAAACAUGAAAGGCUCACUUUAUAUCCUUUCUCUUAUAUUAGAGGGACUCGACAGCCAUUGAUCUGUUCACAUUAA